AUGGAUUAUGGUGAUGGUGAUGGUGAUAGUUUGCGUCGGAGGCGCGAGUCUCCUUCGUAUAAUAGAGAUAUGGAUUCUUCAGCUGAUAAUGAGCGCUAUAUACAACCUUAUGAAGUCCAGUUGGCUUGGGGGGAAGAUCAGGAGACACUUGUUAUGAUUCUUGAUAUGAGAGGAAGGGACAGCAGCACCUCCGAACCAAAUACACCCCUCUCACCUACCAACCACGCCACGCACCCAGUUUCCUCUGUAGACAAUUAG